AUGGCUCAAAAAGCAGCUAAAUCUCUCGCCUCCCGCAACACCUUCAUUCUCCGGCGAAAUCACCUUGUCACUGUCGCCUUACACCUCCUCUUCCUCCUUUUUCAAAUCCUCCUCGUCCGUCCCCGAUCCUGGGUCCUCUACCUGACCUUCUGCUUGCCAGCCAUAGCCAUCGAAGUCUACCUCGAUGUGAUCGGCCGCCCCGAGUACAGCCAUGACGGGUUUCUCAGACGGCCAGGACAGGAUCUUGACGCCCAGGGACUAACCGAUUAUAUGUGGGAUGUGGUGUAUUGGACAUGGAUCAACAUUCUGCUGGUCUUGAUUUUUGGAAACAAUGCUUGGUGGCUAUAUUUGGUGGUUCCGGCAUACACUAUCUAUCUUGCUGCGACUACAGUGGGUGGGCUGAAAGCCAUGUUCUCACCCCCAAAGGAUGAUGAGGGUGCAACCACCACAGCUUCGGAAAAGAGGAUAUCGCAAGGCCACAAAGAGCCGCUGCAACUAUCAGUACACAACCCAGAAGACCAGACUCAAGGCAUUGGACAAGGUCCAAAUCAUACCUCUUCUGGCGUAACAAAAUAG